AUGGGAUCCAUUUGCUUAAUAAAAUAGAAGAAUUUAGCUUCUAUUUCAUAGAGUGACACAGAAGUAGCUGAAGAAUAAGCUAUAAGUGAUUAGAUGAAUAUUCUGUCAUGCAAUUUCAUUUAAACUUUAGAGCUUUAGUUUAAGAGUACGAUAUAAUCAAAUCAGAGUGAAUAGGCUAACAAAUUGACUUCAGAGUUAUCAUAAACUAGUCAAUAAACAAUAAAGAAAGGUAUUUUAAAGAAUAAGAACACUCUUUAUUAACAAGAGUUAAGAUUAUUAAGGAAGGUUAAUGAAGAUGAUAUUAAUUAUGAGUAAUUAAGGAGUUACUUAAGAGCUCGUAAAUAAUAAUAAGGUUCAUACGAAAUACAUUUAUGA